GCCACAGUGAGCUGGCAUCUGUUUCAUUCCCGAGCAAGUGUUGCUAGAGCUCAGCAGUUUUGCCAACCGGUUUGUUGUGCCCAGUCCACGGCAGGACUCCAUGAUAUCCAAGACUCAAUUUAGGUCAGUUUGAACAUGAAAACCGAUAUCCCUAUACCAAGAUGGUGCAUAGUGGAGGACGAUGACGCCCCCUUGUUGCUAAUCAAAGAUAGCACCUCGAGUUGAUGAUAGCUCGAAUGGUUACUACCAUGAAUAUGAAAGUCCGGUCGCCGCCUCUAUUUCUCCACCGGAUGUGUCGUGAACUUGCUGUUAUCGGCGGAAUUGGCAACGAGUAGUUUUGUCCCUACACAAGCAUCCAGUGAUGUAGGCACACGAAAGGGUUUUGUCAUACCACUGAUCACGUAUAAAAAGCCAGCCUACGCGGCCCAGAAAAUACCAUCAACCUUCAACGGUUCAACUAUGAAAUUUACUUCACUCACUAUUGUUGCAGCGAUAGCUGGCAUAGCUAUCGCAUCUGAUUUAGAUAGUAUAUACAUGGGUAAACCAUGCAGCCCCAGUAAUUCACCAAAGUGCUUAAAAAACACGGGCGGGAACGACUUCGGUUAUGUCUGCGGACCGGAGUCUACCGUCAUAUUUUACACCGCGUGUCCCUGCUCAAAUUGCUGUCAGUUGAUUGAAAAUGACAGUAACUUCCAGUGUGGAAACUUUAACUGAGUGAGCCUGUCGUUCCCUG